AAUAGAUGGAUUGUGAAAGGAAAUGAAAGAAAAAUCUAAAUCGCAGCAGAUAUAUUGAUUCUUGGAAAAGGAUGAUAGAUGAUUGCAGCACUGGCCCCUCCUUUCUGUUUGUAUGGUCACAUGGAUUCCCUGCUACCAAGGGCGAACCUAUUCUUACACACUCACUCACUGACUCUUUGCUGUUUGCCUGCGAGCUACAAGUCUUUACCUUUAAUCGAUCUUCCCCAUUUUGCCACGUAUUUCUUUCUUUGGAAUCUAAUGUCUAAACGGUCUCUAUGGCCCCAUAAUCAAACAAAGCAUUGCAUUAUUACCAAUGAAAGGAAUAUUAGACCAACCCCAGCAACAGGAAGAAGAGUCACAGGCUCGUUGAAUUGCAUAUAACCCAUGAUUUGUAAUUGUUAUUUAAUUAUUACCAGUACCAUGUAUUAUGAUAGUUAAAGAUUUUAAUAUUAUGCUUGAUUUAGGAUCUACUUGAUAGGUUUUGGGAGUUUAUGUGCAGCUGCUUAAAUAAAAUUAUUAGACAUUAUAUCAAAAAAUGCUUGUUCCCAAAGUUCAUACGUAAAAGUGAAAAAUUUUUUUAGGUGAACAAAGACUUUGAGGCUUGAAUAUAUUUUGUUCCUUUGUAAAUUCUCUCUCUCUCACAAAACCUACAAAUUCUCUCAUGCAAUUUGGCAUAUAAAAUAAUGGAAAACUUUUGGCAGACCAACUAAUUAAUCGAUUUCUUUGCCCUUUAAAAGAAAAUCGACAGAGUGACUUCUCCAUCAUGAGAGAGCCACAAUUUUGUGGGUUGCUCCAAAUAUUCAUCUUUAUAGACUAUAGUCUACAUGGUACUGAUAUAUAGGGCUACCAAAAAACGUUUGCUUCCUUCUAUUUUUCAUUCUGCUUGCUUCGUGCGCUAGAAUAAAAUAUUUGCUUGAUCUGAGAGAGAUUUAAGAUGGCGUUAGAUACUGUGGUGCUUCAACAAGACCCAUUUGGUAAUGGCUACAUGGAUAUCUACACCAUUGGAGGUGGAAGUACUGGACCGUGGAUCCAUGGCUUCAAUAAUUUUGAAGGAGAAAAAGCUUGUAACAAUGAAACUCUAAUAGCAGCAUUUGGGUCUACUUUGAAUUCAAAUAUUUGGAGCUUAAGUGCUCCAAACGUGAAAGAAUGGGACACAAACUCUUUCUCUCAAGAAAGCUUUCCGAUUGAAGGAUAUUUCCCUCCGUUGGUAGAUGUUCCGGCACCCACAACCACAAGCCAGCGACGAAAGAGAAAACGAAGCAGAAAUUUCAAGAACCAAGAAGAAGUGGAGCAUCAGAGGAUGACACACAUUACUGUUGAACGCAAUCGGAGAAAACAAAUGAAUGACUAUCUUUCUGCUCUUCGGUCUAUGAUGCCUCCCUCUUAUGUUCAAAGGGGAGACCAAGCAUCAAUAGUAGGUGGAGCUAUUAACUUUGUAAAGGAGCUGGAGCAGCUCCUACAAUCUCUUGAAGCUCAUAAAAGAAUCAAGAAAGAAUCAACAGAAAUGGAGUCUUCUUCUUCUUCUUCUUCUUCUUCUUCUUCUCUUUUCUCAUAUUUUUUCACCUUUCCUCAAUAUUCAACUAGCUCUGAUGAUCAGUCAACGGGCAAAAAGCGAUCAGCCAUUAAAGCAGAUGUUGAAGUGACAAUGGUAGAAAGCCACGCGAAUCUUAAAAUACUAAUAAGAAGACAACCAAAACAGCUACUGAAGAUAGUGGGCGGAUUGUACUCUCUUUGCCUUGGUAUUCUUCACAUAAAUGUCACAACUACAGUUGAUCACAUGGUGCUUUAUUCUUUUAGCGUUAAGGCUGAAGAAGAGUGUCAAUUGACUUCAGUUAAUGAGAUUGCAACUGCUGUGUAUGAAAUGGUGGGUAGGAUUCAAGAUCAGACUGUUCCUAAUAUCUCAUGAUUUAAUGUUCAUUUCCACCUAACAAAUUAGUGAACUGGUGUAACUUUCACUUAAACUUAACUUAGCUCUUCUUUUCUUCUUCCUCUU